AGCAGUGAACAGAUCAUUACCAGAGCAGUUUUCCUCUGUAGACAUCUCUCGGAGAUCAGUCGGAGAACUCUUGUGUUUCUCUUGCACGAAGUAUGAAGAUAUAAUACGCGGCCACGUGGAUAUAUUUGGGGCUUCUUCUUUUUUUUUCGCGGACUCCUUGAAAAGUGGAUUCUGCGAAUGUGAAUUUGGUGUGAAUUAGAAGUUUAAACGAGGGCUCAACCACGAAGAAAGAAACGGAGGGAGUUGCUUUGGUGUUAAGUAGUGAGCGCGGACACCGAUCUCUCCAAACGGGAGUCAGUAUGCUGUCCUGGGGAGCCGAGGGCGGAGAGGAGCUAGGAACCGAUUCGGUAGAACAGCAUGUUAUGGGAAUGGCGUUGGAUCUGUACAUCCCAUCUAUUCCACCGCGCGCAUGAAGAACAAGAAGAGAGGGACAGAUGUUCAGUGUACUUCAGGUAUACGGAUAAAAUCAUGUUUGAUAAGGUCUCUGGACCCAAAUGUCACAUAUUCUGGAAACAGCUUGGGCUGAGGCCCAUCAGCACUUGACAGCAGGCUGGGAGGUGGACGGUGUGGCUCAGUGCUUCAGCACUCUUUCAGUCACACCCUGCUUGGGCCCUGCAGUGAGCGAGAGGAGACUUGCAAAUAUCUGAUUCCUCAGCAUGGAUGGCUUGAGUGAGAGAACCCAUGCACUCUAACGAGACCACCUCUCCAGACAAGGGCUAGAAAUGAUCAAGAGAUUACUCAAAUUCCUGGUUUAUCUGCAAACUGCAUGUUAAAACAAUCUUUUAGAGGACUUGAUUUGUUCCAACUACUGAUUUUGUCUUGCAAUUUCCUUUCCCUCCCUCUAUUUUUCACUAUGGAGUUUCAAGCCGGAUUUUGGAAUAACGAUUGUACUUCAUUUUUUCGCUUUUGGUUGACAGUGUUGUUGAGCUUGCAUGUGCAGUUCAGCCCCGUCUCCUCUUGUCCCAAGGAGUGCCGCUGUGAUAGAACAUUUGUUUACUGCAAUGAGAGGAGCCUGACGUCUGUGCCUCUGGGGGUGCAAGAGGGAUAUAAAACCCUCUUCCUCCACAACAAUCAGAUCAACAAUGCCGGCUUUCCAUUGGAGCUACACAAUGUUGCCUCUGUAGAAACUGUUUACCUAUAUGGAAAUCAGCUGGAUGAAUUCCCCCUCAAUCUUCCCAAGAAUGUUCGAGUCCUGCACCUACAGGAAAACAACAUCCAGACUAUAUCCAGGGCAGCACUUGCCCAGCUACCCAUGCUGGAGGAACUCCAUCUGGAUGACAACUCCAUCUCAACCGUUGGGGUAGAGGAGGGGGCUUUCAGGGAGGCUGUCAGCCUCAAGCUUCUUUUCCUUACCAAAAACCACCUGAGCAGCAUUCCUAUCGGAUUACCGGCAGAUCUCAAGGAGCUGCGUUUGGAUGAGAAUCGCAUUGCCGACAUUGACGAGGAUGCCUUCCAGAAUGUCACCACCCUGCAGCGACUUCUGCUGGAUGGGAACUUGCUUGAGGAUGAUGCCAUCGCUCCUGGAACCUUCCAGGACCUGGUCAACCUUAAAGAACUCUCCCUGGCCAGAAACUCCCUCACUACUCCACCACCGAUGCUCCCCGGCGCAUCCCUGACCAAGCUCAACCUGCAAGAAAACCAGAUGGAUACCAUUAAAAUGACAGCCUUCAAUGAGCUUAGUAAACUGGAGAAGUUAGAUAUCUCUACUAACCAUCUUCAGUUUCUUCCACCGGGUGUCUUUGAUGGCUUGAGAAACCUGAGGUACCUUAAUACAAGAAACAACCUCUGGCGUUGUGAUUGCAGUAUUAAGUGGGUCAUUGCAUGGCUCAGGUCUCUGCCAUCUGUCAUAAAUGUCCGGGGCUUCAUGUGCCAGAGUCCAGAAAGAGUGCGUGGCAUGGUAAUUAGAGAACUCACCUUAGAUGCCAUCGACUGCCCAGAGGGCACAGUGCUGCAUCCCUGGCCAACCCAUUCAUAUCCAUCUACAUUGCCACCCCGCAGAACCACAACCCUCACCACCUCCAGAACCACCCACUUCCCUACCAUUUCACCUACUGCUGUUUACCCCACCUCUGCCAAACCCACACCCCCAGUUCCACAUUUCCCACUCGGUCCCCUGCCUCCUUACGAAGACCCCUUAAAAAUCUCCUUUCAUGUAGUUAAUUCCACCUUCAUUGAUGUGAGCUGGGAUUCUUACUUCACUGUGAUGGCUUACAAAGUGACUUGGGUCAAGAUGGGGCAGAGUUUGAUGAGUGACAUCACUCGAGAAAGAACAGUCCCGGGAUACCAGCGGAGGCUUAGCCUGUCAAAUUUAGAACCCAGGUCUAUUUACCGCAUCUGUGUGUAUGUUCUGGAUACUCUUAACACGUACAGACCAGGCGAGGAUACUAUCUGUUCUGAGGCUAAGACCAAAUCCACAUCCACAUACUCUGAAUCUGAGCAGGCUGCCCAGCAAGACAACACCUCCACGCUCCUAUUGGCUGGAGUGAUAGGUGGGGCUGUGUUGGUGGUCUUAGUGACACUCCUAAGCUUGUUUUGCUGGCACAUGCACAAGAAAAGCAGGUCGUCAUCAUCCAAAUGGAAAUACAAUCGUGGCAGGAGAAAAGAUGACUACUGUGAGGCCGGCACCAAAAAGGAUAACUCCAUCCUGGAAAUGACUGAAACGAGCUUUCAGAUUGUUUCACUAAACAAUGAGCAGCUUUUAAAAGGGGAAUUCAAAAUUCAGCCCAUCUACACACCUAAUGGAGGGAUUGGCCUCAGAGACUGUCACCUUAGUAACAACAGCAUAGCUUACUGCAAGAGCAGUAAUGUUCCCAGUGUGGACUUCUGCCACACAUGAUGCUUUUUGACGGAUGCUACAACCAUUUCUUCAAAGAAAAUGUAGUUCAAUAUACUGUACAAUACACAUAUACAUAUAUACAUACAUAUAAAUAUAUUUCCAGGUGCAGUUAACAUGGCAAUUUAUACUGUGGACAAGUAUGUGGAAUUCUGCUAUAUUUUCUAUUCUUAGUAAAUAUGAAAUGGUUUUGUAAUAUGUGAGGCUCAAUGUGGUUUCGCUCAAGGACGCUGUUGAUGUUUUCUAUUAUCAAUGCACGUUGGCUACCUGCUGCAAAUGCAGUCCCCAGGUUUUGCCUCUCAACCACUUUAAGAUCUUGAAAACGUUGCUAACCACACAACCAAAAUAUGCCCUUUUGCGCUGAAAUACAACUACCCCUUCACACAACAGUAGUUAAGAUAACACAGUGGUCAGGAAACCAAAACACCACUGAUUAAGCUGCAGUAGAAAAAAGGAGCCAAGUUUUUCUUUCUUUUUUUUUUUUUUUUUUUUGGCUGGGGGGGUUGAAGUGCACUUUCUUAAUGCAGCAGAGAGCAUGAGCACUCAUUCAGGAAAUGAGCUUUUGUGGAAAGUACAUUUGAAGGGAAAAGGGACCACUCGUCUACAUUCUGCAGUCCUCACAAGCAGCAGCCUACAGUACGUCAGUGAAUCAAAAGGGGAAAUGGUUAGAAGGGUUCCUGUGCAAGCAUUUUCCAGUGAUUAUCUAUGUAUCAUUUUGCCCACCAGGGGGCAGCUUGUCUCAAUAUUCAGAGGAUUGAAGCUCAAAUAGACCACAGAGACUCUAGCAUGUUAAAAUUAUGAAUUUUAUGAGAAUAGCUUUUGUGCAAGAGCCUUAUUGUCAAGUAAUUAGCAGUCUAAACAUUAAAUGGGGUAUUAUAAUAGCUAAAACCCUCUGGUAAAUUAUUAAUAUCCUGAGGGAGCUCUUUAAUCUCCUUCAUAUUUCUUUAAUUAUAAAUUAUCAAACAUAAGAAGACAAUGAAAAACUUCAAUUGUAAGUCUGUAUUUGUCUUUUAUAUACUUAGGCUAUGUCCACAUGCCAGAGCUUUACCUAUCCAAUCAUGUUUUCCUCGUCUCAAGAAAUAUCUGCAUUUACACAAAAUGAUGUAGUAUGCAUGCCAGACCAGCAUGUGGCGCUGUAAUUCUGCCACAGAGAAGAAGACUUGGACUAUGUGCAUAAACCUUGCGUGCGGUAUACAAACGAACAUGGAACAAUACAUUUAUUAAUCGGUGUUAACGUUAGUUCAUGAAAAGACAAUCGUUCAGUGUUUAUUCAAGAUUUUGUUUCUGUUACGUGACGUAGCGGUGUCUGACGAUGGGCUGACGAUGUCAUCGUUUCGGAAAAUAUACAGAUUCGCUGUCCAGACGAAAACGCAAAGGCGCCGUUUUCAGAUUUAUCCAUUCUGGGACCCGGUUUAAAAAAAAAAAAACAUCAGUUUCACUCUCCCAAAACGGCAGAUCCGUGUGGACGAAACACCUGUAUGAUACACAAUGUAUGUGUAUACAGCAAAAUGAAUCUCCGGUGCCUUAAAUUGCCCUUUUUUUUUUUACAUAUUUUAUGAUUUACAAAUUAGGCCAAGGUAUUACACAGAUAAUAUUACAUUGCCUCUCAAUCUAUUUCUGUGCUCCCACAUGAAUGUGAUCAGGAACAUUCUACAUGUGACAUCCACAUCAUUGUCUAGCUUUUCCAUUACUGACCAAAACCCUUUUUAAUCAUGCAUCACAUCAGGUGGGAUGAUGAAUGGCUGUUUAAACAAAAGCCCUCUUUUCACAGGGAAGAACUGGCACAUGCCACAUUCUGUCUUUGAAAGACUUUCAGAUCCCUGCAUGAGUGCAAUUAGGACAUUUUUUUUUUUUUUUAACGGUGCCAGAUUUCCGGGACAGAGAGCCGAGUUUGGAAUUCAGGCUUGCUGUGGAGAAGUAUUUAUCAUGUGCUGUUACUCACAGACUUUACUUGCUUUGACAAGAUUUUAGUUUGUGGGCUGAGUUUAAACUCCCACUGCAUAAUUCCUGGUCCAAGAAAGGGAAAAAAAAAAUGCAGAGGUUAUUUUCGCUUGGCAGGAGGUUUCUGGGUUGAGAUGGGUUUGUAGUCUUGGGUGGUGGUUUUAAUUAUUGGAAUUAACCCUUAAUCAUUCUCCAACUUGGCAUUAAGGUUCAGACUACAUCGUUGGAUACUUGUUUACAUCCCAAUUGCUUUUGGAAUUACUAUAAAUCUAACAGAUGUUUGAUUUAUGUGACUAACAUUUGGUGCUUGCACAGGUUAAUUACCAACAACCCACAAGGUUAGUCUCAGUGGCACAAACAAAAUGCUCUCUCUCUCUAAAAAAAGGGCUACUGCACUUCUGUGGUCAUGAAAGUAUUUCUCCUUAGCAUCCCAGUAGGCUUAUCUGACCUCCCCAUCCCGACAAUUCCUUAAAAUCUGGAACAUCCUGUGGCUAAAUCUAAAGGCUUUUAACUGAUGUGUACAUCAUUAACAAUUGAUUUCAAAUCCUGUGGCCACCCGUAACUCUUUCUAACAAACUUCCUCCACACAAGUUGUCCGGUGCAGUUGUCAGGCUCAGGUUCCCCCGACAGGAGGCAGUUGCGGUGAUGCAGACCCAAAUGUAUCGCUGCAAAGUUAACCCGUUUGUGAGAUAAAUCUGUACCGAACCUCUCUGACAUAUUUUCACAGAGAGAAAAGUAUGGCAGGUUAAGCAGAUGAAUUUAUUUUUGCAACUAUUCAGUCCAUCAUUUCCUCCACCAAGUCCUCAGAGCUAGCGUGGAGGGUUUUUUCUGGGCCGUUACCAAACCCAGAAAUGUUUCAUUCUAAACAGUUUUAUCUAUUGCCUUACUGUAACCCAGCAGUAUGUCUUAAUGUGGUUCACGUGAAGGAUUUGACAUCAUUUAUACAGAGAUCUGUGGAUUACAGUGAGAGUCACACAUUUUAAAGGCAUGACUGAAUGGAAAGCUCACAUUUUGAAAGGCAUUUGCAAACAGCAUCCUUACAGACAUCAAUAGAUGACAUUGCUAACAAGCCAAGGUCUAUCCUCCAGACAAGAAUGGCAUGUUAUGAUUCCGAAUGAUUCAUUGCCUCACUUUUGUGACUUGCAUUGUUCUUUAUUUCCUAUGGAUAAGCUGAAAAUCACAUUAGUGGCCCUGUAGUUAAAUUGAUGUAUUACUCAAAAAGGACUGGGUGCAAUGCAUUGCGUCUGUAAUCUUACCCAACGGUCAAUCUGUCUCUUGAAAAAGCACAUUGAUUUGGUAUGGAAUAAUUACUCUAAAUGACUCUUAGGUCAUUAUGAACAAAGCACUACCACAACUGUGGCUAAUCUUUGAUCUUUGUGUGUUCCUUUCACUCUUCCACUUUUCUGUUUUUAAAUUUUUUUUUAUAGAAAUAUAUUUUAUGUUACGUUUUGAAAGAUUUUCUCAACUCUGCAAUUUGGCAUGUAUUAUUUUCAUUAUAAAAACAAAAA